UCCUCUCUCCCUCUCUCUCUCUCUCUCUCUCUCUCUCUCUCCGUUCUCGUCUCUUUCUCUUACAUGCAGAUUCUCUGAGAGAAGAUCGGAGAUUCUCCGCUCAAUCUCCUUCUUCGAGAUGUUGUUGCGGAAUGUCCUUGCGUUUGCUAGGUUUCGAAUCCAUUGGCGUGGAUCUCUGAUGUCCAUGUUCUAUUUCCAGUGUCUUCAGGAUCCGUGUCGGGCUUGAGAUUUCGAGCUAAAUUAUUGUUUCGAAAUCUAUGGUUUGUGUUAUUCCAAUGCUUAAUCGGGGGAUUUUCUUCGCUCGUUUCCAUCUCUUCAGUUGAAUUUGAACUCUGACUUACCCGGAUUUAGUUUCAACGAUACAAUCGUAGAUCUUGUUUUGCGAUCGAUUAAUCCUCUUAAGUUUGUCUUUGUCGAUUCUCUUCAGGUGCCUAUUUCCAGCUUUUGACCGCUUCUCUUUUGCAUUUACAUCGGCUAGGAGUUCAGGUGGGAGCUUGUCGUCUAAAUGGUUGUCAAAAUGCUGGCUGUUGUUGUUUUGGUUUAACUAAAGAGAGAUGAGUCACACAACGGAUGAGAGUGACGAUGGUAUGUACUCUAACCAUCAUAAUGAGGCAUCAGGUGCUGAUAUUGGCAGCGGCUGCAGAAGUAGAUGGGAUGGAACUGUUCUGAAGAAAGGGCCAUGGACCACAGCAGAAGAUGCGAUUCUAAUUGAUUACGUCAAGAAGCAUGGUGAAGGUAACUGGAAUGCUGUGCAGAAAUACACAGGCCUGUCCCGCUGUGGGAAAAGCUGCCGCCUAAGGUGGGCUAACCAUCUGAGGCCAAACUUGAAGAAAGGAGCUUUUAGCGAAGAAGAAGAACAGCUCAUCAUUGAACUGCAUGCCAGGAUGGGAAAUAAAUGGGCACGUAUGGCUGCACAUUUGCCUGGUCGAACAGAUAAUGAGAUAAAGAACUAUUGGAACACUCGUAUCAAGAGGCGACAACGAGCUGGAUUGCCGCUUUAUCCUCCUGAAAUGCAUGUUGAAGCAUUGCAGUGGAAUCAAGAGUACACAAAGACAGAGAUUAUAGGACCAGCUAAAAGACAUCAAGAUUUCUUACAGGUCGGGAACUGUGAGCCUAAUGUCUUAUUUGACAGUCUUAAGGUUGUCACCGGGAUGGUACCUAGUGCUUUGGACAUAUCAGAUAUCCCUUCGUGCAAUAUACUUGGAAAUGGUGCAAGUUCUUCUCAAUAUAAAAGCUUCAUUCCACCGUUAAUGCAGUCACCAAAGCGAGAAUCGAGAUCUCUGUUUUCUGGGUACUGCAGUAACAUAAAGGAUGAGUUUCUGUCGCCUGAAGAAUUCCAGAGUAGUGCUCAACAAAAGAUUUCCAAGUCUCUCGGUUUCUCGUUUCCUCGUGAUGCUGAUCCUCCCGAUGGAAAUCAACACUACCCCGAUGUGAUUAAUGGUAGCCAUACCCUUAUGGAUGCCAUAUUUCCUACUUCUUCUAAGCCCUCAUUGGGGACAGUGAAGUCGGAGCUCCCUUCAUUCCAAUAUCCAGAAACUAAUUUUGAUCAGUGGAAUGCACCGUCAACUCUGCAUUCAGAUCUCCUCGAAUCUGUUGAUGCUUAUAUUCAGUCGCCACCUCCGAUGGGAAGAACAGAGACUGAUUGUUAUGAUUCCUGCAAUACUGGCCUGCUAGAUACUGUUCUUCACGAGGCCAAGAUCAGAACUGGUGCCAAGAAUGGUUCUUUUUCAUCUGAAAAGAGUUUCAGUUCGAUCACUUCUCCCGAUAUCGCGGCAGAGGGCAUUACCCACAAUGAUCCAGAAACCAAAUAUAAGGAAUUCGAGGGUACUACCCUCGAGCCCCUGGCUAAUUCCAAGAUUCCGAUGUCCAUGCAACUCGAUGCUGGUGGAAGUUCAUCAGGGGACAACGUAAAGAUGGAACAAUGGGAUCGGAUUUGGAUGCCCGAGAGAGAAACCAACGAAAAAACUCCGCUCUUGGACAUAACUCGCCCCGACGUUUUACUCGCUUCAAGCUGGCUGGACCACGGUCUCGGUCUCGGACUUGCGAAAGAGACAACUAUGUCCGAUGCCCUCGUGGCUCUCCUCGGCAAUGAGUUUGGGAACGAGUAUAUGCACAUAGCCGUUGGGACUUCGUCAUCUUCAUCAUCAUCGUCAUCGGGUCAAGCCCAAGCUGUCGGGUUUUGCCCGUGGAGCAACAUGCCUCCGGUUUGUCAAAUGACCGAAUUACCCUGACCAGUCCUUCGGCCAUUCGAUUGUGGUUUGGUUCGUUCUCAGAGUUCAGUAUUGUGCCCGUCUUGUUAGAGUUUUGUUCUUGGGCCUUCAAAUCGGACCGACGUUUUCUUUUUUCUUGCCGUGUAAUUCAAUAUAACCAUAUAUGCCCCCAUUUCAUCUCAGAAUGACCUAAUUUCAUACAUGUAUUAGCUCAUUCGAUUGAUGAUCUCCAUCGAAAGGGCUAUAAGGAUUUCAGUGUCCAUUCAAUCCAUUGAACGGGCUAGAUGUUUUUUUUUGAAGCUGUGGGCGAAUUGGAUUCGGUUUGGUUU